GGAACCCGUGAUUUUGCAAAAGAAAAAAUGGCCAUAAGGGAGCGUGCAUUUUCAAUUAUCGUUAAUGUUUUCAAGAUGCACGGAGCAGUUGGACUUGAUACUCCUGUAUUUGAACUUAGAGAGACUCUUAUGGGGAAGUAUGGGGAAGAUUCAAAGUUGAUAUAUGACCUUGCUGACCAGGGUGGUGAGCUUUGUUCUCUGCGAUAUGACUUGACUGUCCCUUUUGCACGAUACCUUGCAAUGAACAAUAUCAGUGCGUUGAAGAGGUACCAAAUAGCUAAAGUGUACAGAAGAGAUAAUCCAUCAAAAGGGAGGUUUCGUGAAUUCUACCAGUGUGACUUUGAUAUCGCUGGUCAAUAUGAAAUAAUGGAACCUGAUUUUGAGGUUAUCAAAGUUCUGACUGAACUGCUGAAUGACCUCAAUAUAGGUGAUUUUGAGAUAAAGCUGAACCACCGGGCACUGCAUAAAUUAGAUACUGUUAUUGUGGAUGAAAAAGGCUUGACUGUUGAAAUAGCAGAAAGAAUUGGCAUGUUUGUAAAGAAAAGAGGUUCGCCACUUGAAUUAUUAUCAGAAUUGAGAAGCAAGGAUAGUCAGUUGUUGGAUAACGCUGGAUCUGUUAUUGCCUUGAACGAAUUGGAGAUUUUAUUUAAAGCUCUUGAGAAAUCAAGAUGUAUAGACAAAGUUGUGUUUGAUCUGAGUCUUGCAAGAGGUCUUGAUUAUUACACUGGAGUUAUAUUUGAAGCAGUGUUUAAAGGUUCUACACAGGUUGGUUCUAUAGCAGCUGGCGGGCGUUAUGACAAUUUAGUGGGGAUGUUCAGUGGAAAACAGGUCCCUGCAGUUGGUGUUAGCCUUGGAAUU